GCGUUUUGUUAUUCAACAGGACCGAAAAGCAGCUGAAACAGAUUUUUUUAUCAAAGAUUAAAAAGACGCGCCGAUUUUCCAACAAAAUUCUCCACAAAACGAUGUAGGCGCAUCAAAUCGGGAUUUAAAAUUUUUCUAGUUAUUUUCUCCGGCGAAAUUUAAGCGAAUCGGCUGCCUAACCUCAUUUCACGGUCCUUCCAAAGAAAAUCUACAAAGCAGGCCAAGAUGCCGAACAACACGAGGGACAGUCCUGCUUCGGCCGGUGAAAAGUGCGAAAAGAGCUGGGCCGACCUUGUGGAGGAGGACGAGCGUGGCAUGGACAAGACCCCGUCAAAGGAAGAUCCUUGCCCGAACCUGGACGACUCGAGGUCGAAGGCUUUGAAGAAAAUCGACUUUGGCUGCGAGGAGAGUCCCAUGAAGACCGAGUCGCCGCUCAAGGACGUGUGCAACUCGCCCGAACUGAUGCACUGCAGUCCGGUCAAGGACGAGGCGCAGAGUCCCAGCAAGAGAAACUCGGACGUGACCAGGAGACUUUGGGCCAGUCCGCGGCGCCGGGAACGAGACUCGAAUCAGCCAAAGCUCGGACUCGCCGUCUCCCCUCGAAGACCACUUUGCCCACCAGACAGUCCUGCCAUUAGUCCGCAGCAGAAGGACAACCUGAAGAGGAAAAGACCCCAGGACCUUUUCAAAUGCAGCAGUCCUGGCAAUUCUCUCUGCUCCUCCCCAGGGGACAGAGGAAUCUUCAGUCCGAGGCCCAAGAAGAAAACCAUGGAGCCGGAAACCGAUGUCGGUGUCUUGAGCAGGAGAGCCAAGCAAAUUGAGUACGGAAAGAACACGGAAGGCUACCGCAGAUACCUUGAAAUGGUUCCCAAGAACAAGAGAUUGCCUGACCACCCACAGACUCCCCCUAGGGAAAUCCAGUACAGCCGAAGGGCCUGGGACGGCUGCAUCAGAAAAUGGAGGCAGCAGCUGCACACCUACGACCCACCUGAGGGUGAUGAAGGAGACUUGGACAAUUUGGACAAUUUGGACACCAUGUCUGAAGCCUCCGUCGGAAACAGCAGUGCAAUCAGUGACAACCACUCUGAGAUCUCAUACCCUGGGAGUGGCACCAAAAAGGGAGCUCAGCGCCCUCCCAGCACCAUUUCCUUGGACGAAUACCCUCCCCUGAAGUAGAAGAUUGGGAUGAGUAAAUUGUGUUUUCUAACUCUGACUUUAGCACAAUCACAUGAGCCUCCUCUUGGAAAUAACUUCACCGACUCGUAAAAAUAUGAUGCCACAUCAUAUGUCUCAUUUUAAAGGGGGCCUUAAAAUCUGUAAAUUACUCUCCUCGAUCAAAAUUUUCUUGAUUUGUAAAAUUAUUAUCGUACUUGUUUCGUAUAAAAUUAUUUGAUUUUAGUUUGUGACUCUGCUUGACGUCAAGUCAUAUUCUCACUGCAGUUGCUUUCAUUAGUCUAAGUGACAACUUACGAUCAGUUUAUGAUCUUUGAAAUUAUCCUCUAUCUGUGAGGAAAGAUUCGAGUUGCUUUUGUCUUUUUCUCGACAUUUUAAGAAUAUGAAUGUGUGGAUUUUUUACUUGUGCAAACAUAAACCAAUUACUGUAAAAAUUGCAAUGAAUGAUGUUUCUCAAGUUUAAUUGAUAAAUUUUGAGUAGGAAAUGGCAUGAAAAGAUGAUUCAUUUCAUCAAUAAUACAAACAAAUACAGAGUGGAUUGAUACCUAUUUUUGUAUGGUAAAAUUUGAAUAAAAACUACAACUUAAUCAUAAUAACUGA